UUGUACCAAAAGAUAAGGAGCCACUAAGAAUUACACUUUCUACAAUCUACAUAGCUUAAUCUUCCUCAAAAACAUAAACUGAAUAUGGCUGUCCUACAUUCAGCUCCAUUCCAAGCUCUUCAUUCCUCUGUUACCCUGAAAAACCCAAACUCGUCAUUGUUCAUCUCCAGAACAAACACUAGUAAAUAUUAUUUGCCAACUAAAAUAUCAUGCUCACUUAUUCCUAAUGUUAUUAAGAAGGCAGCCAAGACUGUAGUUAACCCUGUUAUUUCCAUUGUUGAUGGCCUCCAGCCUGCCACUUUUACACCACCUAAAGACGAUUUGAAAAAGGAGGACUUCCCUCCUGGUUUCCUCUUUGGUGCUUCCACUUCCGCUCUUCAGACUGAAGGAAGAGGGGACGAAGGUGGUAGAGGACCAAGCACUUGGGACUUCAUGAUUAAAGCCGAUAAAGGACAUAAAGCAGUCGACUCCUACAACCUCUACAAGGAAGACGUGAAAUUAUUGAAGGAGACGGGGUUAAAUACUUACAGAUUCUCCAUUGCGUGGCCAAGGAUUUUGCCUAAAGGAACUAUCGAGUCAGGGAUUAACCAAGAAGGCAUUGAUUUCUAUAACAGAUUUAUUGAUGAACUUAUCGCAAAUGGAAUUACUCCUAUCGUUACUUUGUUCCAUUUCGACCUACCUGUGUCUCUACAGAGUGAAUUCUAUGGCUUCAUGAGACCUAACAUUGUAGAUCACUUCAAGGAGUUUGCUGAUCUAUGUUUCGAGAAGUUUGGUGACCGUGUUAAGUAUUGGGGGACAAUCAACGAGCCUUAUGUAUUCGGGUCGUAUGGGUACAAGAUGGGUUUGCCUAAUGCUCUUAAGGAUGAUCCUUUAGGAACAUACAUUGCCACCCACCAUAUUAUCUUAGCUCAUGCUGCUGCAGCCAAACUUUACAAGGAAAAGUACCAGAAAUCUCAAGGUGGUAAAAUUGGAAUUUCACUCCCAUGUAAAUGGUACAUGCCCCAUGCAUCUGCUGAUCCUAAAGACUUUGUUGCUACUAAAACGCAGUUGGACUUCACCUUGGGCUGGUACAUGGACCCACUUACUCGUGGGGACUACCCAGAAUCAAUGAAAAAGAGUGUGAAAGGACUCCCAGUAUUCACAAAAGCUGAAAAGGAAUUAAUCAAAGGAGCAUUCGAUUAUAUUGGUAUCAAUUAUUACACUUCUAGAUACGUCGAACACACUUGUGUUGUUGAUGCAAUGGUCGGCACCAUCACAAUCAAAUACUCCGAACAAAAAGUUGAUGAUGAGGGUAACCUAGUUGGAUGGCAAGCCAAAGGACAAGAAGAUAUUUAUGUCCGUCCUGAUGGACUUAAGAAUUUGCUUCUCUACGUUAAGACAGAGUAUGAUAACCCUGAAGUGUAUGUGACCGAGAAUGGUGUUCCUGAUAAACCAACCAUAACAAGUUCAAUUGAGGAUCUGAUAGCACAAGGAAAUACAACAGAACUUGAGGCUGCAUUAUAUGAUGACUAUAGAAUCCAACAUACCGAGGAUCAUCUUGUAGCUGUUCGUGGAGCAAUAAGGGAGGGAGCAAACGUAAAAGGCUACAUAGUGUGGUCAUUGAUGGACAAUAUGGAAGUAGGAGCUGGUUAUGAAACUCGAUUUGGCCUCAACUUUACAGAUUACAAUGACAAUCACAAGAGAUACCCUAAGAAAUCUGCUAAAUGGUUUGCUAAUUUCCUUAAGGAAGAGACCACUACUAAUGGUUCAUUGAAGAAAAACUAAUAAUCUAAGGGAGCGCUUCAUAUCAUCUCAGUUUCUAAUCGUACCAUCUUAAUUAUAAAUGUUUCAAUAAACAGGUGUUUGUAUUUGUAACUUUAUCAAAAAAUCUACUUAACUUUGAGAAUACAACGGCGUUAACGACUACACUUUCAUAUACACGUACCUAUGUAUUUGAAUUAUUUUUUUUUUUUUUUAAAGUUGAGUAUCUAUAUACUCCGUACUAUGUAUUUCUUUCUAUUGAAAUAAUACCAAGUAUUUCUUUUAAA